AUGGCAAAGUUGAGUUUGAUGCCCUUAGACUCUACGCCGGAAGAAAAACACAAAAUCCAACUUAAACAAAAGAGGGUCUAUAAUAAGAAACGGAGCCUCUAUAAUAAAGAGCUUCGAAAGGAGAAAGAGUCUCUCUAUAGCGAGACAGACACGAUUUUAUACCGCGAUAGCCUUAGCCCUCUAGGCCAGGUCUGUCUCUAUAGAAGGUCUAUCGAAGAGAUCACCGAAAAUGGUUAUAUCUCUACCCUUACUACUGAAGGAAUAACAAGUCCACCCACGGAUUUACGCAAAUGUGCUUUGAAUGCGACGUAUAGGUUACCAAUGAAUCAGAAUAGGAGAGUUAUUGCCAGGAGCAUCUUAUACUCCCAUAUUAAGAAUCAUUUAAAAGGACUCAAAUUUGAUUUCGACUGCAAGCAUCCAGCCUGCUCCACAAGCUUUAGAAGCCUGGAGGAGCUUACCUACCAUCUCGUUGACACACAUUGUUGGCGCCCUAGGCGGCAAUCGCCUAAGAAACGAAAGAGGACGGAGUAA